AUUGCAAUAAUAACAUAUAUUCUAGUGCAAUAAUAACAUAUAUUCUAGUGCAAUAAUAACAUAUAUUGUAUUGCAAUAAUAACAUAUAUUCUAGUGCAAUAAUAAUUCUAGUGCAAUAAAUAAUCUUGUGAAUUAAUGUAUGUAUAACUGUGAGAUUAUAUUAUAUUUCCUGAGUCUUCUGCACUGGUUGAUGGGGAAAAGAGCUUCUCAUUUAGUUGAUGAUCAUAUUGUUUUCUUUUCUACAUUAAGGACCAGAUUGUUUCCCUCUUCGGGUCACGAGGUCUUAAAGGACCAGUUGGACUCUAAAGUGUCCUCCGUGUCCAUCUAGACUCCUCCCUCCCCUUUGUGUCUCCUCUGCAAACUAACAGAAUCAACCUGUUGAAUCUGGUCCAGGAUCAGCUCAGCGGCUGCUCUCGUGAUUGUGCAACGAUAGGAGCGCGCCUUGCUGAACUGGUCCAGGGUCAGUCCGGGUCCAGGUCCUCCCCUCCAGUGUGCUCCUCCAGUCGUCUUUUCCUGGUAUCAGAAGCUCCGAGCAGGUCGACCGAGAGUCCCCCCGUCGGCACAGACUAACGGCUCGGACCAGCAGGCGUCUGGAGGACAUGCGGAAGCGACUUUAUUAAACCAGGAAUGAGGGUUUCAAAGUGGACUCGAGUAAGACCCGAACGGGCCUGCUGUUCCCCCGCUGGAGCUGCACGGUAAACUUUCCGCUGCUUCCUGGUGUCCCGAGUGGAUUAUAUAUAUAUAUAUAUAUUAUAUAUAAUAUAUAUAUUAUAUAUUAUAUAAAAUAGUAUAUCUAAUAUAUAUACGUGUGUCCAUAUUAUAUGUGUGUGUAUUUUAACUGCCACGGUCUCUUUGUCUGGACCCCGGUCGUGCAGGAGACCCGGACGAGGACCACCAGACUCCUCCGGUAGCUCACUUAGCUGCUUAGCUCGUUAAGAAGCUGCUUUAGCGCAAAAAACACUCAAUAAUAACACUAAUAACUCUGGUUGACGUUAACCCGGACCACGUGAUGCGCGGACCAGCAGGACGGCGUCACUGAAGCUCUCGCUCGGUUGUUUUCAUUGUUUAAACCGGUUCGGUUCGGUUCGGGUCUCACCGUUAGCUCAUGCUAGCCGCUAGCCUGCAGACAUGCCGCAGAUAGAGGACCUGGGAGCCACCGACGAGCUGCUCGCCUUUAAGGACGAAGGGGACCAGGACGACAAGCGGACCGCGUCCUCCGAGCGGGACCUGGACGACGUCAAGUCCUCUUUGGUCAACGAGUCCGAGUCCAGCUCAGACUCCGAGGCAGACAGACGGUCCAGGACUGAUGCAGAUCUGCAGAACAGAAUCAGACACAGUCAUCUGUUUCAGGAAGCCCUGAGGAGGCAGCAGGAUGGAGGCCUCUUCCAGCCCUCCCCCUAUGUUGGAUAUCCCUUCUUCAUGAUCCCAGACUUGGGGAACCUCUGUGGUCCCUACCUCGCCAACGCAGCUCUCCCACAGAGUGCCAGGACGUAUCUACCGUUCCAGUGGCCUCUGCUGGACAUCACAGGGAGAUCUGCUAUCAGAGAGAGUGCUACUCAGACACACCUGCCUCCCAAUGUGGUGCAGCACCCUCACAUGACCCACCUCCACCCCCUGCUGUCCUACAGCCCCGAAGCCUUCUCCCCUCAGAGGGCCUCACCUGGCUUCUCUCCUGACACAGGUAUGUCCAGGAGCCCCUGCUACCCGGUGUCCCCUGGAGGCAUGGCUCAGAUCCCUCACCCUCUGGGUUGGCUACAGGGACAGACUAUGUACCCUCUGGCGGGAGGCUUCUCCCCUGCUGCACUGGCCAUGAAUGCCUCCAUGUCCAGCCUGGUGUCUGGGAGCUUCUCUCCCCGUUUGGUGUCCCCCCCCCAGUCGUCCGUCCCCCACCCACCCUUCCUCCCCUCGGGGGUGAAGCAGGAGCCCGGAGUCAGCAGCCAGACCGGACGCUCGCUGUCGGACGUCCAGCGAGACAAAGACGAGGAGAAGAAGCCACACAUCAAGAAGCCGCUGAACGCCUUCAUGCUGUACAUGAGGGAGGAGAGGCCCAACGUGGUGUCUCAGUGCAGAGUCAAGGAGAGCGCCACCAUCAACCAGAUCCUGGGCCAGAGGUGGCAUUCUCUGUCCAAAGAGGAACAAGCCAAAUAUUACGAACUGGCUCGUAAAGAAAGACUCCUCCAUUCCAAACUGUACCCCGGCUGGUCAGCCAGAGAUAACUACGGUAAAAAGAAGAAGAGGAAGAGGGUGAAGAGUGAGACUCAGUUUGAAGAUGAAGAGGAAUUCCCCCCACAGCUGAAGAGACCUUGUGAGGAGACACCUCACACACAGACUACACACCCCCGUUCCCACUUGACACAGCAGCACACAGUCUCCCACCUGACGCACACACACCUGUCCCAGGCCAGCCCCGCCUCCUCGCUGGACUCCCCGGCGACGCCGACCACCGCUCUGGCUUCGCCCGCUGCUCCGGCGCCGACGCACACCGAGCACACGCACUGCUACGGCGGGGGGGCGUCACCGUACGGCGAGCAGCUGCAGCCGCUGUCCCUCACCACCAAACCUCACCGGACCCCCCACCCUCUGAGCCGCAUCACCAUCACACCAGAACCCGUCACACCCAUUUCCUCCUGCGACACGCCUAUCUCCUCACCCCACAUGGCUCCUUCCAGGUGUUCACCCCCUCCUCCCCCCUUGCUCCCCCCGCCUCCUACCUCCGCUCACGGUGCCUUAACUCAGUCACAGCCGUUCUCACUCAGAAGAACCAAUCAGCUGUGAGCAGCUGGUUUCCCUCUGUGAAUCUUCACAUCAAAUCAACAAUUUUUUUUUUUUUUUUUUUUUUAAUGCUGUAAAUAAGCUUUCUUUUUUAAGACUUUUUUUAUAGAUGUAUACAUUUUAUUUUAGUAUGAAAAGGAUAACUAAUUGGUAAAUAAUUUGUCAAUAUUUGACUGUCUCUGACUGCAUGAAACUAUAUUUUUCACUUUUUCUAAUGACUUUCUAUGAAUAAUCUACUUGUAAUGGCACGUGAGGUGUGGCACCGGGAUUUCUUUCACCUGUUGGUAAUGAGUGUAAAUCUAUUUUCUGGUUCCUGUGUUAAUAAAUACUCACUGAGUUCACCCGUUC